AUGGCUUCUACCGACGCGCAGCCGACACGCGUCGGCUUUAUUGGCCUGGGUGCCAUGGGCUUUGGCAUGGCAUGUAAUCUUUUGAAGAAGCCAUCGUAUCAAGUCCAAGGCCAUGAUGUCUAUACACCGAGCGCAGAGAAGUUUGUUGCGCAGGGCGGUUCGGUGGGCGAAUCACCCAGGGAGGUGGCAAAAACCAGCGAUAUCCUAGUCUGUAUGGCCGUGAAUGCUCAGCAAAUCGAUGACAUACUCUUCAAUGAUCAGACGGGUGCUGUGCAAACAUUGCCGGAGAAUGCUACCGUGCUGCUUUGCUCAACCGUUCCACCAACAUACCAUGAGGUGCUGUCAACCCGCAUCGCGGCAGCGGGCCGGAAGGAUGUUCUGGUCGUUGACAGUCCCGUCUCUGGUGGCACGAAGCGUGCAGCAGAGGGCACACUUAGCAUUUUCGCCUCUGGUGCUCCAGAGGCAUUGCAGCGCGCCGACCGAGUCUUGCGCGAAAUGUCUGAAAAGCUCUACAUCAUUCCUGGUGGACCGGGGGCUGGUAGCAAAAUCAAGAUGGUCAACCAGCUCCUGGUCGGAACACACAUUGCAGCUGCAUCCGAAGCGAUGGGUCUGGCUGCAAAGGCCGGCUUAAACACCCGUGAAGUGUACAACAUAAUCACAAACGCUGCGGGUAACUCGUGGGCUUUCGAAAAUCGCGUGCCGCACAUGUUGGAUGGGGAUUGGACGCCUCUAUCGGCCCUCAGCAUUUUUGUCAAAGACAUGGGCAUUGUGGUAUCCACGGCAAGAACUCUGCAAUUCCCUGCGCCUCUCGCAUCGGUGGCAGAGCAAUUGUAUAUCUCGGGAGCUGCUCACGGCUAUGGCGCUGAGGACGACUCCGGUCUCGUCCGGGUGUUCCUCCCCGGGCAUCAGAACAUCGUCAAAGAGCAGGCUGUUCAGCUGAACACGCAAGAGAAGCUGACCCCGAGCAGCACGCCCCUGGAGAUCUCCAAGAUUGGGAUGGUAGGCCUGGGAGCGAUGGGACAGGGCAUGGCGGGCUCGCUCCUUCGCUCCGGGUUCGCCGUCCAGGGCUACGAUGUGUACGAGCCGGCCAUUGAUAAGUUCGUGGCCAACGGAGGCAAUGCCUCGAAGGCCAGCAGCCCCGCCGAGGCUGCCAAGGGUGCAGACAUACUGGUUCUGAUGGUACAGAAUGCGGCGCAGGCUGAUGAUGUUCUCUUCGGUUCUGGCAAGGCGGCAGAGAGUUUGCCUGAUGGCGCAAUUGUCAUACUGAGUUCGACGGUGCCGCCGUCGUUCGUGCGUGAUCUGGAGAGCAAACUGACCAACCUCGGCAAGGGCAUUAACCUUAUUGAUGCCCCUGUCAGCGGCGGCGUCGUCCGCGCUGCGAACGGGACGCUCACGAUCAUUUGCUCUGGCGACGACGCGGUACUCUCCAAGGUCAACAGCCCGUUGCUCGCCAUGACGGGGACUUCGAGCAAUCUGUGCCAUGUGCAAGGAGGUGUUGGCGCCGCUUCUUCUGUCAAGCUAAUCAACCAACUGCUGGCCGGUGUUCACAUCGCCGCCGCUGCCGAAGCAAUGGCGUUUGCCGCCCGCCUUGGGCUCGACACACGACGCGCAUUCGAGAUCCUUGGAAGUGCGGCGGCUUGGAGUUGGAUGUUUGAGAACAGAGUGCCCCAGAUGCUUGAUGCCGACUGGACGCCACACUCUGCCCUUGCCAUUUUCGUGAAGGACCUCGGCAUCGUACUUGACGAGGCAAAGCGCUUGACCUACUUCGCUCCCAUUUCAUCUGCAGCCCACACCUUAUACCUUUCUGGGGCCUCUCGCGGAUGGACUAAAGAAUCCGACGCAGGUGUUGUCAAGUUGUGGGAGCUAGCUGGGCUCUCUGUCUCAGGCAAUGCUGGUCCAAAAGCUCAGGAAACUGAGGACCAAGCCUCCAAGAACUAUCCUGUUGAAGCAGGCCAAGAGCAAGGCCUCCCGGCACAGAAGACGAUCGACUGUCUGCCCAAUGAAUACUCGGGAGACGUCAUUAGCUCGACGCGUAAGGUGGUUGACAAUGGCGAAGUUCCAGUGCUCGUGGUUCUCGAUGACGAUCCAACGGGUACACAGACCUGCCACAACAUCGAUGUUCUGACUGUCUGGGAUGCUGCAACACUGGAAUACGAAUUCAGUCUCAACCCAACGGGAUUCUUCAUUCUGACCAACUCCCGUGCCUUGCCUUCCGCUGAAGCAAAGCAGCUCAUCCUCGAGAUCUGCCAAAACGUCAAGCAAGCGGCUGAAAAAUGCGACAAGGCAUUCGAGAUUGUCCUUCGCGGAGAUUCGACUUUGCGGGGUCACCUUCCGGAAGAGCCUGAGGCAGCUGAGGAGGCACUCGGCAAGUUUGACGCGUGGGUGAUUACCCCCUUCUUUUACCAGGGUGGUCGAUACACCAUCAACGACGUACACUAUGUCAGGGAAGACGAUGUGCUGGUUCCUGCGAGCCAAACACCGUUCGCCCAGGAUGCCACGUUCGGAUAUAAGAACUCGAACCUGCGGAAAUACGUGCUCGAGAAGUGCGGUUCACGCUUCAAUGAUUCAUCUUUCUUAUCGGUCACUCUGGACGAUAUUCGAGUUGGGGGCCCGGCAGGUGUCACCAAGAAGCUUCUCUCGGUAGCGCCCGGCUCCAACAUGGUUGUCAUCGUCAACGCUGCUGCAGAGUCCGACAUGCACGUCUUUGUGGCGGGCCUGCUUGAGGCUGAAAAGGAGGGAAGACGGUACCUAUACCGCACAGGUGCUGCCUUUGUCUCUUCUCGCCUGGGAAUCACAGGGAUCCCGCCUUUGACGAUGACAGAUCUUGGGGUAUCGGCGAAGGAGGGGGCCAAGCAACCAGGCGGAUUGAUUGUCGCUGGCUCGUAUGUCCCGAAGACGACAGCGCAACUGAAGGUGCUCCGAGAGAGGCGAGGUAGCAAACUAACAGUCAUCGAGCUUGACGUUGCUGGACUGAUUGAGUCUGCCGAGGCGGCCGAGAACGUCGUCGCGACAGCGGCGGCUGAAGCAGCAUCGAAGCUGGCGGCGGGUGAAGACGUUCUUGUCAUGACGUCGCGGAAGCUGAUCAAGGGAGACGACGCGCUCAGUUCGCUUCAGAUCGGAUCCAAGGUAGCGCGCGCCCUGGUUCAGUUGGUAGAGAAGAUUGACGUUCGACCGCGGUAUUUGAUUGCCAAGGGCGGCAUCACUUCAUCAGAUGCGGCGACGAAGGGUUGA